AUGGUUAUACACAAUUCUGCAUUUCGUAGCAGCUUGCGUGGUUUAAGAGGUAUGGCGUCCUUCAGAAAAUCAAAUGAACAGCAAAAAGAACAGGGAAACCAGUUAAUCGACAGAAGUUGCGGUAACCGCUCCAUCUGGUGGACACUUGCUGUAGAUGUUCCACUUCUAUUACUCGUGUGUCUAAUAGUGGGGCUGUUUGAGCUAGGCGUCAUCCCGCACCAUAAAAACGGCUUUUUCUGCAAUGAUCCGGCUCUUUCGUUCCCGUUUACGAAAGACACUGUCUCCUUUGCAGUCAUCGUUUCUUCUAUUAUUUUUCCUCCUUUUAUUUUGAUAUUCAUCACUGAGUAUAUCUUCCACAAGUCAACAUAUAAAACGCAAACAAAACUUCGUCAUGUUGCCAGAAAUACUUUGUAUAUGUACAGAAGUUAUUUAUACGGACUGUUCUUUAAUCUGGGACUAGUGGAGGUGAUGAAAGGGUUGAGUGGCAGCCCUCGACCCACCUUUUUUGAUAUCUGCGAACCGGAUACCGCGAAAACUUGUAAUGGGUCAGAGUACGUUGCAACAUUCCAAUGUACAUCAAAGAAGUUUUCAUCUUGGUAUCAAACGGAUUCCUACCACAGCUUUCCUUCAGGACACACAUCGCUAUCUAUCUAUUGUGGACUAUUUAUGGCGUGGUACUUACAAAAACGCGCAUUUGACUGGCGUCACCGCACUGUAUUCUUCGUGCCUGUACUGCAGAUGACUUGUGUUGCAUAUGCCGCCAUUUGCUCACUCACCAGAAUCACUGAUCACAGGCAUCACUGGUGGGACGUGCUUACGGGGGCCGUUAUAGGUGUAGCCACAUUGUAUUAUACGGUGAUUGUUUUAUGCAAAAACUUUAAAACUUCAAAUUUGGAAGACAAAGCCAUGACGGAAAGUCAGAAUACAGUGCAAACUGCUUUAUUCGUGUGA